CUCAGAUACUUGCUGAAAGAAAACAGAGCUCUUUUGAAAGAGAAACCCUAAUAACAUUAAGAGACCCAGGCUCAUCUGUGUCCAUUCAGACUUUGUUGAGAUGGAGAGGAGUAAAUCGCUGCUCCUUUUUCUCGCUCUGGUCAAAAUAAGUAGUUGUUGUCUGGAUCCUCCCUCUGCCUACAGGUUUACAGGAGCUGUUUGUAGACUUACCUAUCCCGCAGCUGUAGUCUUGAAUGAGAAGACUACUGAAGUCAUACAGGCCGCUUUUCAGCAUGCCAAAUAUCCCAGCGUAGAGGGAGAGCGAUCAAUAGGCUUUGGGACGGUGCAAUAUGGAUUCCACAACCUAGAGAUCCAUAACCUUUCCAUUGGAAAGAGUGAGUUUGAGCUGAAAGAGAAUGAAGGAAUUGGGAUCUCCAUUUCAAACGUGUCGGCUGUAUUUAAAGGGACCAUCAACUAUGGAUAUGGCAGCUGGCUACUCAGCCUGAAACAGUCAGUGGAUUUUGAAGUUGAGUCGCAAAUUGACCUGGUCAUCAACCCAAAACUAUACUGUGGAAAGGGCAAAGUGGCUGCAGACACAUCCGACUGUUACCUCACAUUUCACAAACUGAAGCUGCUCCUGCAGGGAGACAGAGAACCCGGGUGGCUAAAAAGAAUGUUCACAGAUAUUGUGACUUUCACAGUGAAGUUAGUAGUAAAGUCACAGAUCUGUAAGGAAAUAAACAAUGUGGCCAACAUUCUUGCAGACUUCGUACAGGAGCAAGCAGAGCUGUUUCUUAGUGAUGGAAACAUCGGUGUAGACAUCUCUCUGACCUCCUCCCCCAUCAUCACAUCUAAUUAUAUAGAAUCAUACCAUAAGGGUUUGGUUACUUUUAAUAAUGUGACCUCAGACCUCAGCACCUCUGUGUUUAACCCCUCCCAACUUACUGAGAACCGCAUGCUUUGCUUCUGGAUCUCCGAUGGGCUUCUAGACCCAGUGAUGGUCGCCGCAUACCACGAUGGACGAUUUAUUCGCAAUAUCUCUGGAACAGAACUCACAGAUCUGUUUCAGACAGAGUUGUCCUCAGCCAGGCCUGAAUUGUUGAGCAAGUGGCUGUCCUCCGAGGGUCCAAUGUUAAAGGCGAGGAGCGUGACAGUUCCACACUUGUGGACCACCACAGAGGGCACAUCUGUCAGAGCUGUGGCUGGAGUCGAGCUCUUACUGGAUAGUCAAGAUGUGCCAGUACUUUAUUUUGAGACAGAUGUGACAGUUGUUGUAAAAGCCUCAUAUGCAGAGAAGAAUCUAAUUCUGAAAGCCACUGCAGAGCGUAUCUCUAUAGCAAACGUUUCCACAUCAGAAGGAACCACUGAGAUGGCGGACAGCUUGAAAGUUUAUCUACAGGAAGCUGUGGAAAAAAUAGGAAUCCCCAAAGUCAUAUCAUACCUGGAACCAGAUUUAACCGCUUUGAUGGAUGAACAGGGGCUUUAUCUCUUUGACCUCAUCAAUCCUGAAGUUUUAUCUCGGGAUGGGUAUGUGAUAGUCCAGCUGGAUUUUGGUUUUCCACAACAUCUGCUGGUGGAAUUCCUGAAAAGGACACUGGAUUGACAGUCUUGUGCUCUCUUUCAUUUUCUUUGCUUGAACAAACACACUUACAGACAUGCACACAUACAUCACAUACACAUAAGAAUAUGAAUGACUCUUUCUGGCAUUUUUGCUUGAAUGUAAAGUUUGAUGUUUUGUGUACAUGUUCAAUUUUGUAUAUAUGAAAAUGUGAUCUUGUUUUAUUAACAUGUCCUUCAGUAAUAUGAUCUUAAGUACUGAUCUUGCAACUUAAAGGUUGUAUUACCGUUAUUAAACAUUUCCUGGUGCUGUCAUA